GUAUUGGCUGGAGAGUUUGUGAAAAGUUCUGAGACGAGCAGGAGGAAGUGAGGACCGAGCAGUUGAGCUGCACCAGAAGCUGGGGGGAGCGAGGGGUCUCAAGUAACCCCUGGGAAACUCCGGGUAUCGGGAAGGAGCCGAGCGCCUACAUGAAAGGAGGGACCUUCUCGGAAGUUCGCCCCUACCUGAGCCGGGAACUCCAACCUCAGGAUCCACUGUACUUCCCCCGCGUGCUGGCUCGGUGGCCGCGUCUACACACGACCCGUGAGGAUCCGGAUGGCCGUGAGGUGGACCUGGGCAGGCAAGAGCUGCCUGCUGCUGGCGCUUUUAACACUGGCUUAUAUUCUGGUGACAUUCUCAGUCUCCACUUUGUAUGCCUCCCCAGGAGCCGGCCGUUUCAGGGAGCUGGGGCCAAGACAGCUCCCAGACCUUGAAAGGAGGGAAGAGGAUUUGUCUCGGCCUCUUUAUGUAAAACCCCCUGCAGAUUCCCAUGCCCUUGGGGAGUGGGGGAGAGCCAGCAAACUCCAGCUCAACGAGGGUGAACUGAAGCAGCAAGAAGAACUCAUUGAGAGAUAUGCCAUCAACAUUUACCUCAGUGAUAGGAUAUCCCUGCACCGCCACAUAGAGGAUAAAAGAAUGUAUGAGUGUAAGGCCAAGAAGUUUCACUACAGGUCUCUCCCCACCACCUCCGUUAUCAUUGCCUUCUAUAACGAAGCCUGGUCCACUCUGCUACGAACCAUUCACAGUGUUUUAGAAACAUCUCCGGCUGUGCUUUUGAAGGAGAUCAUCUUGGUAGAUGACUUGAGUGACAGAAUUUAUCUGAAGGCGCAACUUGAAACUUACAUCAGCAACCUCGAUAGAGUUCGCUUGAUUAGAACCAAUAAGAGAGAGGGUCUGGUCCGGGCCCGUCUAAUUGGGGCCACUUUUGCCACCGGGGAUGUCCUGACUUUCCUGGAUUGUCACUGUGAGUGUAACACUGGUUGGUUGGAACCACUUUUGGAAAGGAUCGGUAGCGACGAAACAGCAGUUGUGUGUCCAGUUAUCGACACUAUUGACUGGAAUACUUUUGAAUUCUACAUGCAGACCGGGGAGCCCAUGAUUGGUGGUUUUGACUGGCGUUUGACCUUCCAGUGGCAUUCUGUCCCCAAACAUGAAAGGGACAGGCGGACGUCAAGAAUUGACCCUAUCAGGUCACCCACCAUGGCAGGAGGACUGUUUGCUGUCAGCAAGAAGUAUUUUCAUUACCUGGGAACCUAUGACACUGGCAUGGAAGUCUGGGGAGGUGAAAACCUUGAGCUGUCUUUCAGGGUUUGGCAGUGCGGUGGCAAGCUGGAGAUCCACCCAUGUUCUCACGUGGGCCACGUGUUUCCCAAGCGCGCGCCCUAUGCUCGCCCCAACUUCCUACAGAAUACCGCGAGGGCGGCUGAAGUCUGGAUGGACGACUACAAAGAGCACUUCUAUAACCGAAACCCUCCGGCUCGAAAAGAGGCCUAUGGUGAUAUUUCUGAAAGGAAGUUACUGAGGGAACGGCUGAAAUGUAAGAGCUUCGACUGGUAUUUGAAAAAUGUGUUCUCUAACUUACACGUCCCCGAGGAUAGACCUGGCUGGCACGGAGCCAUCCGGAGCAUGGGCAUCUCUUCCGAGUGCUUAGAUUAUAAUGCUCCUGACAGCAACCCUACAGGGGCUAACCUCUCGUUGUUUGGAUGCCACGGUCAGGGAGGCAAUCAGUUCUUUGAAUAUACUUCAAACAAAGAAAUCAGAUUUAAUUCCGUGACUGAAUUAUGUGCAGAGGUCCCCCAACAAAAGGAUUAUGUAGGGAUGCAAAACUGCCCCAAAGAUGGGCUCCCUAUUCCAGUAAACAUCAUUUGGCAUUUUAAAGAAGACGGAACGAUUUUUCACCCUCACACAAGACUGUGUCUUAGUGCUUACCGGACAGCCGAUGGCCGACCUAGCGUCCAGAUGAAAGCCUGUGAUGCCCUUGAUAAAAACCAGAUCUGGAGGUUUGAGAAAUAGUCAAGCAGAACAGCACCUUCUCUUCGGGAGCUGACUCUAGCCUCUGGAAUGUCGCUGUGCCCCAUGAUGAUUGUAUUUUACCAGAAGUCACCUGGCAGCUGUCUGUAAGAACACUGGGGAUAUCACUCUGAAGCUGGGUACACAGAGCACCGCUGCUCAAUAGCUCAAAGUGCCUUCUCUGCUCUCGGGUUGUUUUAUUUAAAAGCUUUGUCAAUAAGGUCUCCUGCAACUCCUUAAAGAAAGCUGUUGUGAACUGAGAUGCACAAACAAGCUUAGCAGUAGAAUGCUUAGCUAGCUUGUGCAAGACCCUGAGUCUGACCCACAGCACCACAAAAUACAUGCAACACUUAAUGUUUAGAACAUAAAAAGUACAGGCAAAAUGGGGUAGGAGUCAUUCUGAUUGGUAAAUUCAUUGCAUGUACUUUUUUUUGUUGUUUUUUUUAAAUCAAAACAUGUGAAUGUGUAAUUAGAGCUAUUACUUUUUGAUUACAUUCUUUUAGCCAGCACAUUAAAUUUUAGGUUUUUAAAAACCAACUUGUCUUUGAUGAAAUAAAAGUUGAAGAAAUUUGAUCUUGAGGAAGAGGCCUGGAGUUGGUAUGUUUUAUUGGAAGAGGGUCCUGGUCUGAAUGCCAAGUUUGGAGGUCUUAUUUUAUUUUGAGACAGAUCUUAUGCAUCCUAGGCUGGCCUUGAACUCCUGAGUCUUUCUUCCGCCUCUCAAGUACUGGGAUUACAGGCGUGUGCUGCCACAGGUGGUUUGGAGGUCUUUUUUGACAGAUGGAUAUCUCGGAAAGACAGUGAGCCAUUCAUCUUCUGUUCUUUGUAACCGUGAGCUGUUGUACUGAACUGACUUACAUCUCCGUACCUCACAUCACUCUGCUCUGUAAGCUGCACUCUGUGAACUUGUUCGUGAGUCAUAGGGCAUUUUUCUGAUCGCACCUCCUUAAGUUAUGAAUGUACUAGAAUGAAGCUCAUUCAGAAUACCGCGCCUCCCUUUGUCAAUGCCUAAUCAUUUGAAGUAAACACAAUUGAGACCUCCUUGAAGCUAACCCCAAAUGCAUUUCCUGAAAUGUGUGAAACUGAAAGUAGGUCCAGUUCUGCAGUGUUCCACGCUCCCCCCACCCCCAGAGUUAGUACUGACCUGGAAAUUUAGGGGCUUCAUCUUAAGAUUGCAAGUGGAAGAAAAGGCUGUCUUGGUCCUUGUUGAUCGGUGCCUUGAAGCUCCUUGAAGCACCGAGCAGCCUGGCACUCGGGUAGCCUCUUACUGAGUGUGAACAAAUGUCUCAGCGCAGGGUGGCCUCAGUUGAGUCGUUCGUUUAUCUUGCUUGGGCCUCAGUUUCCUCUUCUGUGUUGCUGGAUUGGCUCUUUAGGAUCCCUUUCCGUCUGAAGGUCAGCCGUACAUCCCUCUGUGCUGCUCACCGGCUGUGCCACUUGGAGAAACACUUUUGUGCCUUGACUUUUAACAUAGGUAGUGCUGAGUAGCUGGACAGCGCUCUGUUUUGAAGAUGGAAAAGUGAUUGUUAAACUUAUGCGAGCUGAGCUCACCUGAAGUGCUGUGUUUCUCAGAGGAUAUUAUCAUAGUUAGUUUUCCAGUCACUUUAUUUUGACAGCUGUUGAACUAACUGGUUCUGCUAUUUAAAGGUUUUAAAUUUUUCAAAGCAAUCUUUGACUAAAAAUAUAAAUAUUUCCCAAACUAGAUUAUUUCAGAAUAAACAUGUUUUACCACAUUUUUACUAGUUCCCUACUAACAUUUUAUCCAGAAAGCACAGGCCAAAUUUGGGAGUGAUUCUCAGUUUCUUGACUUUGAUACAAAAAGUGCAUGUUCCAUAGAGAACCAGCCCACAGGAAUUCAUAAGAAAAUUGUUUUCAAUGUUUGCUUGACAGGAUGGAGAGGGGGAAUUUUGUAAACUCUGAAUUUAAGUAAAUUGUCUAGAGUGACCAUUGGAAAACAUUAGCGUUUGUGUGUACCUGUGACUGUUUUGUUUCUCACUAAUUCUUAGAAGGAAAAUCUCUUACUACUUUUUUCUAAGUUAUCCAGCAUCCUUAAAGUUUAACCUGUCUAGAUUCCAUGAGCAAUAGUUGACCCUGGGUUUUAUUUAAGGAAAAUAUAUAAAAGUGCUCAUUCAGGAGGAAAUUUUCCUACAUGCAUUCUCUCCUUGUCCUAGUCUUUUUGUGGUUUGUUCUGGUCAGCCCUAUCACAUGAGAGAAUUAAAUGUAUGCUAUUCAGAAGUGAAAAUACUUUUACUUAGUAUCUCUGUGCCCCUGACAGAAGAGAGAAGAGGCUUUUAAGACUCAAGUCUUUCUUCUGUGUGACCUGUCUCUCUCUAUUAGUGGUUAUGGCCCCUCAGUCCUUUUUAAGCUAGUAGUUGAUUUCUGUCAGAAGAGUAUAACUCAGAAUAAUGUACAUAACAAAGGAAACUGGAAUUGUAUUUUAUAUGCAGACAUGUUCCAAUUUCAUUCCCAAAGCACACCAUAGUGAAACACUCAAAAGACUCUGUCACUUAUUUCUGGUUUUUGGCCAACCACCCAAGUUCUCCCUUUGGCUGUAGAAUUUACAUGUUGAAGUGUGAGGAAAAUAUUUGAUGAGCAAGGAGUUCUCCAUUUUGUUGUUUACUUGACCAGUCCUGUGAAUAGACUAGCCACAUAAGCAUCUUAGCACUUGUUUUGAUUUUAAAAUGGUAAUAUAGUCAUCAGAAGGAUUUCUGUAACUUUAAGUACCUUGUUUGUAAAGAGAAAGUGUGUUUAUUCAGCCAAAAAAUAGGCUCUUACAUGUGCAUUAAUGUUAGCAGACUCAAAUCCAGGCAAAGGAUUUAUUUUUAAGUUGUGUACUCUCGGUUAUUUUAUUGUCUCGGUUUUAAUGAAUAAAAUUUAGAUUUGACUUGUCUUUUGGAAUUGGUAUUUUAACAAGAUUUCUGAAUGAGCAUAAAGCAGAGGUUUAGAUUUAUGUCUUUUGAACAGUGACUGUUUCUUUUUGUUAAUGGUGUCUGUAAUAUUGGAGAAGACAUGCAAUAAAAUGUAUGCCUAAUUAUUUUUGCAAACC